AUGCAGAGGCGGACUGACCAUUUGGAAACUCUGGCACUGCCCGAGGCCCCGGGGUCAGUAGGAGGCCCCAUGAGAUGCCCCUGGUACCUUUUUCAUAGGCUUUUGAGUUUGGGCAAGGACACAGGGGCCCCAUGAUCCCCUAUUGCCCGGGGGCCCCAUGAGUUGUCAGUCCGCCCUUGCUCUGAUGAGAAAAGGUAUUUAUAAUUAUUAAAAUAAUUGCAUUUCCAUGUUAAGAUAUAUUGCACUGGGUGGCUGGAGACACAGCAUUACAUUUUGGGGGGUUUGUAGAAAUAU